AUGGCAGAGGCAGCGGGCCUCGCCGUGGGCGUUGCAGCCUUGUUCCAAACCUGCAUUGAAAGCUUCAAGAUCGUUUUCGCCGCCCAGGAUUUCGCUAAAGACUUUGAGGUGCUGAAUGCGAGUUUUCAGCAGCAACGACUGCGGCUGUUACUUUGGGGAGAAGGGGUCGGACUCAUUUCACGUCUUGGGACCAAGAAGAGGCCGUACUUUCAAGAAUUGGACGCCGACCACGUCAGACCCACUAUUCUGAAGUCUCUGGAGUCGAUACAAUAUCUGUUGCAGCAAUUCAAGGCCUACGAAAGCAAGUAUGGCCUAAGG